AUGCGGUGUAUCCUCUUGUUCUGUUCUCUCAUCGGGCUCACUUUUGCCGUUUCUUGUUGGUCGGACAGUAGUGACAACGAGAAGCACACGAAAGAAAAAAAAGUGAUGGACUGUGGAAGCGAUUGCAAUUAUUGUGCAAAGGGUACCGGAAAAUUCAAAGCUGGGAUGACAAAUGACCAAACGAGCGUAUCGCUUUGGUCGUGCGGUUGUGGAUCGGCAAUUAGUAAUUUGACCGGGGUCGAGUGCAAGGACAAAGGCUCGCAGAGUGUUUCGAAUGCUUACGUCGACGGUACGCUCUACUGCUGCAAGGGAAAGAAAGCUGAGAAUCGUUUUCUGUUUACACCAAGGGAUGGGACAAAUGAGAUCGGAGUUGUGGUGACGAGAUUCAGUGAAUCGAUCACACAACAUAAUCGCGAGAUUUUCAUUGAGAAGCUUACACGAAUGAUCAAAAAGUGUAACGUUGUCGAGUUGAGUGGUGAAGGGAAAAACGAUGAGACUUUGAAAGAGAUUUGUCGAUUGGCUGAAGUUGGAAGCAUCAAG